AUGUGGGUGCUUUCCGCCGCGAGUCGGUGUGUUCUGGGCGUCGAGGGAAUGAGUGGAACCGGGUGGCGGACGUGGGCUCGCCGUUGUGCGUUUCGGCAGAGUCAGGAGAAAAGAAACAGCUUGCUGGGCCAGCUCUUAGCCAAAAUUCGAAUGUGCGGGCCAAUUACAGUUGCGGACUACAUGCGCGAGUGUCUGACGCACCCAAGCCUGGGCUACUACAUGUGCGCUGACGUGUUUGGCCCGCGCGGGGAUUUCGUCACGUCUCCCGAAAUCAGUCCGAUGUUCGGCGAGAUGCUCGGGGUUUGGUUCUUGAGCGAGUGGAUGAAAUUGGGAGAGCCCACGCCAGUGCAGGUGGUCGAACUCGGGCCAGGAAGAGGCACGCUAGUUUCCGACGUCCUCAAGGUCAUGUGUCGACACGAACCCUUCAGAUCAAAUGUGACCCUGCACCUGGUUGAAGUGAGUCCUCGUCUUCGCGCUGUUCAGAAGCAGGCGUUGGAGUCGUGCGCCGUCUCGGACGUCGAGUGGCAUUCACGAUUCGACACCGUGCCAACGGGCCGAUUCACGCUGUGGCUCGCGCACGAAUUUUUUGACGCAUUGCCCGUACACGUAUUGAAGAGGCAAGGAGGCGUCUGGGGAGAAGUGCUCGUUGACAUGGACUCUGGUGGGAGUGAGUCGAAGCUACGGUUUGUCGUGUCUAAGCACGAGACACCGGUGGUGAAGGCCCUAGGCCCGCCGCCUGAAACAGGGGAUUUGUGGGAAGUGUGUCCGCAGGCCGGCGUGAUCGCGCAACGAAUUGGGCAACGGAUUCACCGAGACGGAGGAGUGUUCCUCGUUGUCGACUACGGCCACAAUGGAGCGUCCGGCGUGGACUCGUUUCGGGCGUAUCGGAGGCACGAGCAGACUGACCCGCUUUCCCGGCCUGGGGAGACGGACUUGACUGCCGAUGUGGAUUUUUCCUUCUUGCAGCGUUGGGCGUCAUCUGGUGACAACCAAAUCCUGUGCUACGGCCCCGUCAGUCAAGCCGACUUUCUCCUCAAUAUUGGCAUGAAAUUGCGACUCGAGGUCUUUUGGGCAGGGAUCAAGAGACAAAGACUGAGGAUGAAGUUGUUACAGUAUCUGGAUCCCGCGGGAUCGGGCGAAACGUGCGUUGGCGUCGUGGUGCCUGGUGACGGCGAGACGCGCGUUGUGCCGUGUCCGGGAUUCCGCAGCGUGCUUCAAAUCAUCUUGGGCAGCAAGGAUCGUGAUGCCGACUUGCUGCCUCGCAUUCCCGAUGAGUUGUCGGGUAUGAAGGUUUUGGACUUGAGCAAGUUGGAACUACUCCCACCCGUCACGGGGCAGGACAAAGUGCUGUGCGUGGGCAUGAACUACCGCGAUCAUUGCGAGGAGCAAGGAAUGCCGGUGCCCACGGAGCCCGUGGUGUUCAACAAGUUCCCGAGCACGUUGAUCGGCGCCGGCUGUCCGAUUCGCGUCGAGUCCGGCCUCACGGACCAAGUGGACUACGAGGUGGAACUCGCACUCGUCAUCGGAAAGGCUGGCAAGAACAUCCCCGAAGACCGGGCCCACGAGCACAUCUUUGGCUACGCCGUCGCCAACGACGUGAGUGCCAGGGACUGGCAACUGACGGGCAGGAACGCCAACCAGUGGCUCCUCUCCAAGGCCAUGGACACCUUCUGUCCCCUGGGGCCCUGGCUGGUGACGAGUGACGAGGUGGCGGGCCAGGAUCUGAGACUCGUUUGCCGUGUCAACGGAGAAACGCGGCAGGAGAGCAGCACAAAGCAGAUGGUGUUUGACUCGGCUAGUGUUGUCGCAUACGCCUCCAAAUUUUGUACGCUGCUCCCGGGUGACGUCAUCUUGACUGGAACUCCUCCGGGCGUCGGUGUAUUCCGGAAGCCGCCGGUGUUUUUGCGCGACGGCGACGUGGUCGACUAUUUUUGUCUCGGAGCAGUCUAUGGCGCCCGUUCGACCCACCCCGGUCGGUGUGUUCGUGUUCCGCGGUGUUGGUCGCUGAGGAUGAAGCGGAGAUACGCUAAAAAGGUGGUAAGAUUGGUGAAAUGCGGCGCGUUGGACUCGUACGUGCGGCGGAAAGACUUGGACCCAGUGGAGGUGUGUGGACUCGUUUAUUCCACGUCGCGCCGUCGGCUUGUGUUGCACGAAUUGUGUCGUCGAGGUCAGCUGUCUUUCGUCGUGUCGCUGAUGCUGUUCGCGCGCCGGCGGCGGAACGAUGACGCCCUCCGUCGACUGGUCUUGGCUGCGGAUGCGAGGGGUGAUACGCCGGUGCAUCUGGCCGUGCUGCAGGCACGCAAGCACGCCUCAGCCCGAGGCCCUGACGACCCCGUUGUUGAAAUGUACUGCGAACUGGCGCGGCAUUUAAUGGAUGCAUUCGUGGACGUGGCCCAUGUCCGGAAUGCCGCCUCGGAGUCGCCCGUCGACUUGCUCGAUUCCUUCAUCAUUCGCCGUUGUCCCGAGGAGGUGGACGCAUCCCUAUGGGAACCCGACGACCAUGACGGCCAGGAUUUCGAGAGGUAUUUUUCCGACUUCGCCGAUGUUGAGCCGGAAACUCUCUCCAAGUGGGCUGAUCGAAUGAGAGAGGAGCGACGUGCCAAGCACGCAUCUUUCAACCGAAAGGCAGAAGAGAAAAUGGAAAAUGAAGAGAAGAAGCAGAAGCAAAAGACUCGAGCCCCGUCACCGCUGCCGAUUCUUGACGGUCCUAGUCGUUCGGAAACCUGUGUGGAAGAGGUGCACGUUGAGACGUACAAUGAAUUCCGAAGAACGUGUGAGCGGCUGAAAGUCAUGUUGGAGUGCGAGAGGAGCAGGACAGAUGGGGAUGCAGUCGACCAAAGUCACAGGACGGGCCUGUUGUCGUUACUGGAUGCGUUUGGAGGCGUGGACGCGGGUUUGCCGGCGUUGGAGGCUGCGCUGCGAUUCUCAUUCCGUGUCGGUGUCGAUUCGGACGAAGCGACGGAGAAGAGGCGGUAUGUCCGGGACCAGUUGCGCCUCUGGCAUCCCGACAAAUUCGAUCAAAAGCUCGCCGUCUUCCUAACUGAGGAAGAGGAGAGAGCUCGUUGCGCCGCCUUCUUUGCCGCUGUUUCCAGGAUCCUCCUCAACCUCGACGCUGAAAGUCGGUGA